GAUAUUUUCUUUGCAACAAUGUUUUCGGUUUGAAAUUUAUAAAGCGGCGGUCGUCAAGAAAACCGUUUAUUGUACUUUUAGGAACCGUUUAAUUCAUAUCUCAACGCGAUCGAAAAAAUGCGUAACAAAUACUUUGCCGUUCUGAUAUGCGCUUCCUGCAUUUGUGCUUGCACUGCGGAUAGCUACUCCGGGGAUAUCCAAAACUCGAAUUCUUUGGAUUUCGGCAACGACAGUGGAGGCUACAGCUAUAGUUCUCCACCGAACAACAACUACCUACCUCCUGCCACUCCCGCACCAGAGUACCUGCCUCCAUCAAAUAAUGGAUACCAAUAUAAUCCGCCUCCAAACAACAACUACCUGCCCCCGCCGAACAACAACUAUCUGCCCCCUCCUCCUGAAUAUGGACCGCCUCCCGCAUAUCCUUCCUAUGGCCCACCGCCUCCUCCCUUCUAUAAGCCAGCUCUUCCAAUUCCCUACUCACAUGGCUCUUUUCUGGAACACCUGAAGUCCAAGAUCAACUUGUACACGCUUGGAAAGAUACUGCUCAAGCUGUUGAUAUUCAAGAAAAUUGUCAAGUUUAUUGGCCUGAUUUUCUUACUCUUGGUUUUGCCCAAGCUGAAAAAUAUUUUCAAGGACGAUAUGAUGUCUGGAUCUGGAGAGAGCAGCGAUGGAAUGGAAAGUAAAUUCGUAGAAACAGAUAAGGAUAAACUAGCUCAACAAAUUGAAGAUCUUUACGAUUUUGUAAUAAAUUCUAUAGAAAACUUUGAAGGACGAAGAUCAUAGAUUGAUACCAAAAGUAGUUAAAAAUGU